GUUGUCUUGUAUUCACAACUCGUCGUAAUAUUUUGUGGUUAAAAAAGAUAUCACCAAAAUCUACUGAAAUAGCCUUUUACAGGAUAUUAUUAAUAUUCUAGAAUUAAUUCUAGUGUCUGAAAUUUCUUACACCAAACAUUUUGACCAUUUAUAACAGUUUGUAAUACAACUAAUACAGACUUCAGUUUGUUUAUUUGGGAUUUGUGAAUCAAACAGCACACAUGGGGAGAGAUCGAGAUCGUAGUAGUUCGCGGCACGGCAGCCGCAGCCGCGAGCACCGCAGAAGCCGCGACAGAGGGCGGGACCGGAGUAAGGAGCGGCACCGAUCUCGAGAGCGAAGCAAAGAACGACACAGAGACAAAAGUGUAGACCGGAGAGAGCGCACAAGAGAUCGUAGCAGAGACAGACACAGCAAGGAGCGCCAGAGAGAUCGGAAGCCCAGAGAGCGUAGUCCCAGCAGGGAGAGAUCGCACAUGCCUCAUAAGGACAGGGAAAAUGAGCGCCGUGGGGAUGAUAGGCCUCGUAGCUCGUACACAGAUUUCGGUGGUGGAGGCGGGCUGGGCUCAGGCGGGGGUUUUGGAUCUGGUGGAGGAUUUGGAGGAGGCCUAGGUAGCAGUGCGACCGGCACAGGCGGUGGUGUAGGCGGCCGUGGACGCUACAAACCACAAGAAGAUGACUUCUUGGACGCGCGCCGCGAACAACGCGAGCGCAUCGGUGAGCUGGGAGUUCCUGCUGUGUGGGGCAAGUCACCGCAGAGGCCAGAUUCUGAUGAAGAAUCUGAACCAGAAAACAACAAGAAAAGCAAAGACAAGAAAAAGAAAAAGUCCAAAGACAAAGAAGACACCAAGCAGAAGCUGAAGAAGUUAAAGAAGAAACUGAAGAAGGUGAAGAAGGCGCGCAAGAAAGCCAAGAAGAAGUCCAAGAGCUCCUCCAGUGACUCCAGCUCUAGUGAAGAAGAACUCUGGGUGGAGAAAGGAAAAGAACAUGAAGUCAUCGCCCGCACGGAUGUGGAAGUGUUGGACGCCGUCCCCGGCCCCUUGCCCGCCGUCGACGCCUCCAGCGCCGGCGCCGGCCCGCUGCGCGAGUUCGGACGAGCGCUGCUGCCCGGCGAGGGCGCCGCCAUGGCCGCCUUCGUGCAGGACGGGAAGAGGAUCCCGAGGAGAGGAGAGAUCGGCCUUACGAGUGACGAGAUCGCGGCGUAUGAGAGCGUGGGAUACGUUAUGAGCGGUAGCAGACAUCGUCGCAUGGAAGCCGUACGUAUCCGCAAAGAGAACCAGAUCUACUCCGCGGACGAGAAACGAGCGCUCGCAGCCUUCAGCAAAGAGGAGAGGGCCAAGAGAGAGGGCGCCAUCUUAGCUCAAUUCAGAACUGUGCUCAGGGCUAGAACUGCGAGACGAGACGACGCAUAGUCUGUCUGUCUCUCUUAUACAGACGUGUAAGAUAGGUAUCCGCAGAGAGAACUACUGAAUUUCUACGGACGAGAAGCGUGCGCUCACUGCUUUCAGCAAAGAGGAGAGAGCCAAAAGAGAAGGUGCCAUACUCAACAAGGUUCCGGACUGUGCUCAGGGCGAGGACUGCGAGAAGAGUUGACAUAUCUGUUGCUCCCACAGUUUUUGCUAUUUCCUUAUAAGGCAGUUAUCACAUAGAGGUGAUUUCUGGAUGCAGCGACGGGUAUGAUAAUCGCCUAAA